AGCUGUGAUUGUUUUCUGCAGAGGAAGCCUGUCUCUGCUAUGAGGUCUGCUGUUAGGAAUGAUAUAGAAGCUUUUUCUCUCUCACUCAAACGAUGAUGUGACCAAACACGGUGAUAACAGUCUGAGAGCAGCAAAACGCACAGCAUUGUCGGAUGAACAAAGUCGGGUCUCGCUCGAUCAGCCAGUGUGAACGUCUGGAGAUCAAGCGCUGAAGUGCCAAAUGCCAAGACUAGAAGAACACUGCUGGAGACGCUCCUGUACAUCGAGGGUGGAAUCUAAGAAUUAUUAUAGGGAAAACUGGGUCGCAUCGAAGGCUGAAGAAAUGAUGUCAAUUAUCACAUCAGUGCUUAGCAAUGUAUACGGCUCGCUGCACAGUGUGCAAACAGCAAACUUAAUCAGACGGGGUCUCGUCCUUUUCACCGUGGGAGUAUUUCUUGCAUUGGUGCUCAACUUGCUACAGGUUCAAAGAAAUGUGACUUUGUUUCCCGAGGAGGUGAUGGCAACUUUGUUUUCAUCGGCGUGGUGGAUUCCCCCUUGCUGCGGCACGGCAGCUGCUGUUGUUGGCCUGCUAUACCCCUGCAUCGACAGCCAUCUAGGAGAGCCCCACAAGUUCAAAAGGGAAUGGGCCAGUGUCAUGAGAUGCAUUGCAGUAUUUGUUGGCAUCAACCACGCCAGUGCUAAACUAGACUUUGCCAAUAAUGUCCAGCUGUCCCUGACCCUGGCUGCCCUGUCCCUGGGACUAUGGUGGACGUUUGACCGCUCGAGGAGUGGCUUCGGCCUGGGCAUUGGGACGGCAUUCCUUGCCACCGUUAUCACACAGCUGCUGGUCUACAACGGUGUAUAUCAAUACACGUAUCCAGACUUUCUGUAUGUGCGCUCUUGGCUUCCAUGCAUAUUCUUCUCGGGAGGAGUGACUGUAGGAAACAUAGGACGCCAGCUAGCCAUGGGUGGUGUCGAGAAACUGCACAACGACUGAACAGAGAUCAGCUGAAGAGGAGCAAGAAGAACGGCAACCAAUACGGAGAACCAGCAUAAUGGAACCAAGUCCGACAUCAUGGGGAGAGACAUUUCAGUUUGAAAGAAAACAGACUCUUAUUUUUUUUGACUACUUUUCUGUGCAUUAUAACAAAGAGCUAGCCAGAAUCUCCUUUACCUAAUGUGCCAUGACUUCUGCACCUCUUGGUGGCCAAAAUACCUUUCCCCAUCCCUAUUCGGGUCCAGAUAGCAUGAGGUUAUAAGUUAGCCACUAGGCUAUCCGUGUUAGGGUCCAAAUAGCAUUAGGCUGGCUUCUAGCCACUAGCUCCUCACUCACUAUGGCAGGACAGUAUUUUACCUUCCAGUUCUUCGAAAUGAAAAGUGAACUGGUUUCAGAGUGAACUAUUUGCUUUUUGCUGGCGUGUGAGUGCACGCGUGCGUGUGGAUGUGUGCAGGUCUUAACAGAACGCGUGCGUGUGGAGGUCUUAACAGAAAAGACAAGGAAAAAAGGUGGAAAUGUUUGCUUUUUUGUUAUGCCCGAGUACAAAAUUAUCAUAAAAGGGAAAUGUUUCAGAGCUGUGCAAAAAUGUCUGACGCGACCAGCAGUAUGUCACUGAUGACAUGUAUUGUAUGUUCCCAAUAUUGUAUGUAAUUCACCAAAAUAAGUAUUUAUCUGAGAAAUUAGAAUGCCGACGCCAAUAACUCCCAAACCAAAUACAUGAGAUCGCAAAUGAUGUGACCAUGUUUUGAACGAAUAUACCAUGAUGCUACAAUAAGUUAGCAUAUUCAUAGUUGCAGUAAAAUAAGUAAUGAUUAAAAAAAGGCACCUGAAUAUGAUCUGGUGUGAAAGCUCACCUUUUGGCUGACUUCCUGGACAUGGUGUGCCACCUGGACUUGACCUAUGAACCCUCAAAUUAGUAUAUGAAUGGUUGAUUUACCAUUUAAAGUUUUCCAGGCCAGGCAUUCAAGUUUGGGAACAUACAUUAAGAGAAGGAGAGAGACAGGACAUUUUUAUUACGGCCUAGAGGAUUUGCAAUCUGUGAUUGCCUUUGUAUUAUACAAUUGAGUGCUUUUGUCACUACCAUACCAGUUCAGUUGUAUUACUUGUAUAUAAUUAUAUAUCGCUUACAUGUAUAAUCUCUUCCCUUUAUAAUCACAGGUAUUACCACACUAUACCUAUUUAGUUCGAUUAGUUGGGGGUCUAGAGGAAUAAAAGUGCAAUCACAUAUAUACCUGAGCUGAUUAUUCUUCCGUAUUUAUUAUUUCUGUAAAUGGUUAAGAGGUGAAACUCUGAAAUUAUAUGCAGUGUGGAUAUAGAAAAUUAGCAGAAAAUUAGCAAUAACAGCAGUGUUUGUAAAAAAAGAAAUAAAAAGUGUCAGAGAUUACUUGCCUUCUUAGACUGUAUACCAAUGACUAUUCUCACCGUGAGGAGAAUACAAAAAAACAUUGUGUCAAACCGUUUGUAAAAUCUCGUAGUAGUUCAACAUUUGUAAAUGGGAAGACGGAUGUAUUUAUUAUUUAAAACAUUUGGUGACGUAUAGAUCGCAGAGUGGUUGGUUGGUACACCUGGUUCGGUUUGAAUCUGCUCAAGUUCAGGCGUUUGUCCCAGAUGACACCCUAUUCCCUAUUGGUGGGUUAACUGACAACGUCACAAAAAUGACGUGGGCACUUCCAUGGGGCAGAAGUCAGCGUGUUGUUUUGAUUUUGGAUGGCCAGAUUGCUAGCGCAAAUGACAAACUGCCAUGUGGGGAAUCGUAAGUGGCUCGUUUCAGCUCUUUUUAUAUUGUUCUUUAAUACGUGUUUUGAUUGAUUUCAUGUCAGUGCUAAUAUGGCCAAAAUAUACUAGCUAGCUAACCAACAACUGUAACGGUGUACUUCAGAGACAAGUGCUCAUUGUGCAAAUAUUUCUGUUUUCAAUAAACAUUGUAGAAGAAAUAUAGUUUACAUGUUGUCAACAACAUAAGCCAACCCAAUCUGCUUUGCCCCAUAGUUGCGCACUCGUCGGUUUUGUUGCUAAACAAACAACCCGUCUAUGUAGUGCACUAUUGAACAGCGCCCUUAUGGCCCUGGUCAAAAGUAGUGCACUAUAUAGGGAAUAAGGUUCCAUUUGGCAAGCAGUCCAGGUGUGCUGAUGGGAGAAAAGAUAGCUUUAUUAUUGGGGUGGUUGAAGCACCUAUUAUUUCAAUAUGUAGAGAGUGUGAGUGUGUGUGUGUUUCUUUUAUGUCAGCUGUGUAUAAUUUGUAUUACCUUGAAUCCAAGUGGAAAAAUAAAAAGAUACUCCUA